CCUCGCUCACUGGCGCGUUCAUAUUUGCAGAACUGCUCCUGAAGCAACCAUGGGCAGGAUUGAUUUCAUCUUUGGAGCUUGUGCUGUUAUACUGCUUGUUUUUGGAGCAGCCCCUACUAUACACGCCUGCAGAUCCUCCAAUUCUUCGUUGAAUGCUUGUCCUCCAGAACUUCAGCAAUGUGUUGAGCUCUUGAAACAUCGUGAACUCUGCAGCAAAMUAGAAAACAUUUGUACUGCCAUAGCAAAUGGCAAUGCUUCCCACCAUAUUGCUGCUUUUAACCAAAACCAAUGCCCAAUUGGGAGAGAUUUUUGCCCAACAACUCAAAGUUGUCAGCCAGUUAACACAACCUGUGACCUUAACACUGAAAACAAUGCUUGCAAAGGGUCGAUUGCUUCUCCUUGGGGAGAAAAUUGUUCUCAGGCAGAUCAUGAAUUCUGUACUAUCUCAAUGUCAUGUAUCCAUAACAACGCCACGUGUUCUCUGAGGGCCAUUCAUGAGUGGAGUUUAGCUAUGAAUACAAGUUAUGGACCAUAYGGGACAUCUUGUACAACUGAUAAGACGUUCUGCCUGUCUACAAUGAAGUGCAUUAAUUCAAGUGCAGAAGCUUGCCAUGUGUCACUUAAUGCAACAGCGUUURAAGGCUUUUGUACAAACGACUCAAAUGUUUUCUGUCCCAAGCGAGCGUCGUGUAUUGAAGCCAACAGCUCGUGUACCUCCUUCCAACCUGUUAAUCUAACGACAGUUAAUGACACAGGACUUGCUGGAUGGAAGUACUUGUGUGAGGCACGRCAAAGUUUCUGUACCCGCUACAGCGCUGGUUUGGCAAAAUGCUUUCCACUGGUAUCGCAUUGUCUUUCGGCAAGUAUUUCACCAAGCGUUCCUCCUUGUACAGUCAAUGAGACAUAUUGCAACUCGACUUUGAUGUGCCAAGCAUUUGACAAACCUUGCUGUUUACGGAAUGAGUCAUUCUGCAAUUAUACAGGAAAGUGUCACCACCUAGACGAGCCGUGCUGUCCUGAGAAUUACACCUUCUGCAAUCACACAAGAAAAUGCUAUCGCCCUGAUGUGCCGUGUUGUCCACAGAAUCACACAUUCUGCAAUUAUACAGGAAAGUGUCACCAACUCGAAGAGUCGUGUUGCCCUGAGAAUCACACAUUCUGCAAUCACACAAGAAACUGCCAUCGCCCUGACUUGCCGUGCUGUCAACAGAAUCACACUUUCUGUAACUACACUGAAAAGUGCCUUCGUUCUGAAGAACUUUGUUGUCCACAGAAUCAAACGUUCUGCAAGCACACAGCAAAGUGUCAUCAGCUCAACGAGCCGUGUUGUCCUGAAAACCACACAUUCUGUAAUACUACAGGGUUGUGCCAUCGUCCUGAACAACUUUGUUGCCCACAGACUCAAGUACUCUGUCAGUAUUCACAAAGGUGCCAUCGUCUCGACGAACCAUGUUGUCAUGAGAACCACACAUAUUGUAAUACUACAGGGUUGUGUCAUCACCCUAAACAACUUUGCUGUCCUGAGAAUAAAACUUUUUGCACGUACACAGCAAAAUGUCAUCGGCCCGACGAACCAUGUUGUCCUGAGAACCACACAUUCUGUAAUUCCACAAAGUUGUGUCAUCACCCUAAACAAUUUUGCUGUUCACAAAAUCAAACGUUUUGCAAUCUCACAGCAAAAUGUCAUCGGCCCGACGAACCAUGUUGUCCUCAGAACCACACAUUUUGUAAUACGACAAAGAAGUGCCAACCUCCUAAAGAGCCAUGCUGUCCACAAAAUCACACCUUGUGUAAUUAUACAAGACAAUGUCAAUUGGGCAACGAAUCGUGCUGUCCACACAACCUCAUACUCUGCAAUUACACAGGAAAGUGUCAACUGCCCAAGGAACCUUGUUGUCAUCAGAAUCAUGUCUUCUGCAAUUAUACCAGACGAUGUCAAAUGAGCAACGAAUCGUGCUGUCCACACAACCUCAUGCUCUGCAAUUACACAGGAAAGUGUCAACCAUCUAGCGAACACUGCUGUCCACAAAAUCACAUUUUUUGUAAUAGUACCGGAAAAUGUCAGCCAGGAAAUGCUUUCUGCUGCCUUGGAACCGAGUACCAAUGCCUUAAUGAUAAACAAUACAAGGUUGUAGUAGAUUUUCAGACUUUGGGGGAAACGUCCAAGAACAUGUUUUUUAAUACAGAUACCAUUGCAAUAAUAUCUGUUGACGUUGUCAAUGGAACUUCUAAAUCCACGGACCAUAGUAUAUAUGGCAAAUUACACUACUUCCACAACAACGAAUGGAUUGCAGCACCCUCCGAGAUUUCACCAUCCAAAGCUUUUGUCCUCGGAAAAGAAAACAUGAUCCGUUUCAUUGGUUCAGCCAAUUGGCGUCAUGGUGUUGUCCUUCUAAAUUUCACCAAGAAGACUGGUGCAAUAGGUGAAGUGAUCGAUGCUUCGAGUUCUUUUCGUGGACCUUUAGAUGUCAUUGCUCUCUUCGUCUUUCCCCAUGCGUGGCCUCCAAAUGUUUUUAUCAGCGAACAUGGCUCUCCUUGCGAGAUGAACGAGGAUGAUAGCAGUAAUCCUGGAAUAAUAGUAAGUUAA